AUGAGCGGCGAGAUUGAUGCCGUUUACAUAUAUGACGAGCAAAAUGCCCCCCUCGUCGAACAUGUAUAUCGAUCCCGCCCGCCCUCGGCCUCCGCCAUCUUGCCCCUCUACCUUGCCCAUGCCGAACCGCGCCCUUCCUUGCUGUAUAUCCCUAGCGCUUCACCGCCGGUGACGGUAUUCUCGACAGUAGAGUCGAAUUUGUUGUUUCUUGCAAUAAGCGAAGUCGACACGGAGCCGCUUCUAGCACUGGAGUUCCUCCAUCGCGUGAUCGAUGUACUAGAGGACUUUGUUGGAGCGCCACUGCUCACAACUAAGAUUCAGGCCAAUUACGAUGUUGUUGCGCAGCUUCUUAAUGAGAUGUGCGAUGGGGGAACAGUAUGCAAUACCGAACCCAAUGCAUUGCAGGAGGUUGUUGAGGUUCCCGGGUGGAUGGGGAAGCUGUUAGGUGGAAUCGGAGUACCUGGUACAUCUACGCCAACGCUAGGAUCUACCAAUCCUCUCAAGCAAUCCCUCGCCGCCGCCAGUGCAUCACAAGGACCCGCCAUUCCUUGGCGACGGCCCGGUGUACGGCAUACCUCUAAUGAGCUAUAUGUCGACAUCAUUGAAUCUCUUUCUGUUACUAUGGCUCCUUCGGGACGGCUGCUGUCUGCAUUGGUAUCCGGCACGGUUGCAUUUACUGCGAAGAUAUCGGGAGUCCCGGACCUACUACUAUCGUUAUCGGCGCCGGGUGGUCAGCAUGUCCUUGGUCGCAAGAUUGAACUACCAGUUUUCCAUCCAUGUGUUCGACUAGCCCGAUGGAAGGAACGGCCGGGGGAGCUCAGCUUUAUACCUCCCGAUGGGCGGUUUAUUUUGGCUGGAUAUGAAGUGGAUCUUCUUCCCAUAGAUCCUGACCAGGAAGAGCCACCAACCCAUAUGGAAAAAUUAUUCCUACCUGCUAUUGUCGAUAUCCGCAAAUCACUUGGGUCAUCUGGCUCCGAGUUUGAGGUUCGACUCACUUUGAACACAAAUUUCCCGGGCCAAAGCUCAUCCUCGCGGCCUGGAGUUCCCCGGAGCGGAUCCGGGACAUCAACGCCGUCAUUCCUAGGUGGGGGCGGAAGUGGAAACUCCGGACCAGCACUUGAAGAGGUCGUUGUUAGCGUACCGAUCUCAAAGUCCGUCCGCCAUAUCACGGACAUGCAGGCCAGCCGUGGUGAUGCUCAAUUCACCCCCUCAAGUGGGCUCCUCGAGUGGCGGAUCCCCACUGGCAAGGAUGCCGGGUCAUUAACUGGAACAGCCACACUGCGUUGCAGUGUCUCGGGCUAUCCAUCCGCCGAUGAUGACUUUGACGACAGCGUCGAGGACGCCGACGAAGACGCCAAUGCCAACCUCCUGCAAGGCUACUACGAGGCACCCACCUCCUACAAUGAUGCAUCCGCCAGUAUAUCCAAGAAAACCCGAUCCUCCGACCCAUCCAAGCGCAAAAAGAAAAAGAAGAAGUCAACAAAGAAAUCCUCCCGAUCCGCCGCUUUACACCCAGAAGACGUGGAAGAAGACCGCGUUGCGACUACCAGUCCAUCCCCAAAUCCCUCUAUACCUCACAUCCCCACACCCCCUCUCCAAUCACAAUCCCAGUUUAACGCCAACCUCCCCGCAUUCUUCGCCCCAUCAUCUACGUCCCGUCCCACGCGCAGAACCAAAGCCCAGGUCAAUGCAAGCCUGAUGCCCAACUCGGCGUCGGUAUCCUUCUCCGUGCGGGGCUGGCUUCCCUCUGGUAUCAAAGUGGACAGUCUCAACAUUGAUCAGCGUCGCAGUCGUGGCUUAGGCGAGGGCGUUAAGCCAUACAAGGGUGUCAAGUACCUGUGUGUGAGUAAUCGCGGCGUGGAACGGCGCUGCUAA